CUCUACAGUCUUCGAAUGAAUAGUACGUGAAAAACUUGUACACACACAUUUUCUCCAAUAAUAAUUGGAAAAAUGUAAGUGAAUAAAAAACUAUUAAAUCCAUAAGAAUAAAUGAAUUUUAAACAAAUAAAUUGAAUAUAAAUGAAGUGAAUAAGAAGAAUAUCAACGUGAGAAAAUAUAAAAAAAAUUACAUAGAAAAUAAAAACUAAUAACUUAAAAUGAAAAAAGUUAGGUUAAAAUACAACACUGUAUGUCAAAAGUAGUGUGUAUGCACUAGAACAAGAAGAGUAAAAAGGAAACUAUACAACACUACCACUUCCACCAAAUAAUAGAUCUGUAGUACAUUAUUUUAUACCUUUGUCGCGCCAACAAUUUUUCUUUCCUAUUAAAAAUAUAAUAAUUAAAUUUAUAGUGAAAUUAAUGGAAAAAAAUAAGAAAAAAUACGCUAACCAUAAAAAAAUUAAAGGAUUACUAUUGAGUGAAUUAUAGUUUUCAAAAACUGAAAAACUAUUUGAAAGAAAGUGACAAGUGAAAAGGAAAUAAAUAAAAAUAAAAUAUAAUUGUUCGCAAUUACGUCUUAAGUUGUAACAGAAUUGUGUGUGUGUAAAAAUAUAACUAAUAACACGUUAGCAAAUGAAAUUUGCUAAAAAAUAAACCAAAUGGCUUAAAAUAACAACAUUAUCAAAACAAACAAAAAUGUUUGUGAUUAAAACAACGAUAUAAAUCGAAAUAUAAUUUAAACAAAAAAAAAACUAAAAAUUAUUAUAAUAAAUAUAAUAAAAGAAAAAAACGAAAAUAAAAUCAUCUUCACGUUAAUUUUGAGUGAGAAAACGGUAAAGCAAACAACGAUCGUGGAAUCAACAAACAACAAUACAUGUUUUAAACGUUUCCAAAGGAAACCUAAGAAACGUAAACGGCCGUUAAACCCAAGCAGCCACAAUUAUCGUUAUUGCUAUCGAAAUUGUAAUACUAAAAAUAAUAAUAAUAAUAUUAGUAGACAACCAUUGGCAAUUCUGAAUACCAAAGUUAUGUUGAUUAAUGUAAUGGCUUAUAAUGUAAUGUGGUCCAAGAAUAUUCAACGAUCAAAACUUUUAAUAAAUCAUUUAAAAGCUCAAAAUAUCACGGACUAUUGUUUUGAAUUAAGCCCCCAUGACUUUGGGGGCCCGCCACCACUUUAUGUACAACAUCAACUGGAGGAAACUAACGAAAAAACGACAAUACAAAAUAUUGGCCGCCAACUACAGCUACAACAUCAACAACAACAACAACAGAAUAAGAAUACCUUUAAUACAACAACUGCAACAAAUACUUCGAUAACAAUUACAAAAAAUGAUGAUAACAGUUAAGUGAUAAUAAAAAGCAGAAAAAAAGAAAAACAAAUAAAAAAACAUGUUAACAUUUUCGAAUGAAUGAACAAGAAGAAAAAUUUAUAAUAAAAAAAAGAACAGCUUUUCAUUUUAAAAAUAUAUUGUAAAAAAAGAAAAAUACCAAAUUACUGUAAAGAGGAUAGAUAGAAAGCAAAAAAAAAAUCCAGCCUCAACUAGCAGUAGGUCAUCCUCAUCAGAAGAGAAGUAAAGUGAGUAAAAACAAACAAAAGUUUUGCUAGAAUUUUGAUUCGUUUUAUUUUUUGAAAUUAAAACCUUUUCACACUUCAAUUUUUGUUGAGUUUUUAAUUUUUGUAAAUAAAUAUAAAAACUUUUAAAACAAUUUUAAAUCAGAAUCACCCACAGUAAGACCAUUCUAGAGAAGUAUUUUUUGAUAAACAAAAUCAAGAAAAACUUCAUAAUCCGCAAACAAAAAUACGAAAAAUCAACUUUAGGUUAAUUUUUUGUUUAAAUAAUGCCCUUGCCAUCUUCGGGUAUAAUUGUAGUUGAGAAACCAUCUUCAGCAUCUAAUACAAUAAUCAACAAUUCCACAACAACUAUUAAUACAGUUAAUAAUUCUUCAGUUCAUCCACCACAACAAGAACAGACGGUACAACCAACUCAAAUACAAUAUUAUGAAUAUUAUGAUGUUAAUGAAAAUCAACAACAACAACAACAGCAACAAUAUAAUCAUCAACAACAGCAGCAUUCAACAAUUGUGGUGGAUGGUACAGUAUACCAUAAGCAGCAGCAACAACAAUUGCAAUUAGGAGGAUCCGGUAGUGUAGCAAUAGGACGUAAAAUUCAUAAUUCGUCCUCUACAUCGUCCACAUCCUCGUCGACGUCGUCGUCCUCAUCAUCGUCGUCAUCGACUUCGUUAAAUAAACCAAAUUUACACAUACAAACCUUAAAAACCGUGCCCAUGCCGCAAACUAAACAAUAUUCUCAACAGCAGCAAAUAAUACAGCAUACCUCUCAUACAACCACCGCCACAGCUGCCACCACAAAUCCGCAACAUCACCAUCAGCUGCAUCAACAACCGCAACAUGUGCAGCAGAUCAAUUUGGCUGCUUCAUCUAUACACCAUCAAACGCAACAUCAUCAUACACAGCAGCAGCAAGCAACGCCGACGGCCCAUAUGAUCCAAGUUUCGGAAGAAUUUCUAGAACAAGCUGCCAACAAUCACAACACUGGCAAUAUGAUGAUCUCCACCACAGGAGAGGUAAUCAAUCAACAGCAAAUAUUCAAAAUUGUCAGCACAGAUGGCACUACCGGCAACAUGAUUAUCGAUGCAACAAAUCAAAAUGCAAACACCACAACAACCACCUCGAAAGUUCUUUUAAGCAACUUGACAGUUUUGUCCAAACAGCCAACAAAUGCACAGGGUCAAAUUAUUGGUAGCAAUCAUCAAGCGGGUCAAACAGCAGGACAAACAAUAAAUUUUGUCAAUGCCAAAAACUUGUAUACAACUUCGACUACCGGUGGUAGUAUUGCUUCUGGCGGCAAACAGCAAAAGUUUACUGUGGCCACCGCAAAUGUUGCUAAUUAUAAAGGUUCGGCCAUCAAGCAAACGUCAACAGGCGGAAAUGCCCAAUAUUUGCAACAGUCGAACGCUAUAGGCCAACAUAAAAUCAAUAUGACUGCUGGAAAUCGAAAUAUGCAAAUGUUGACGACAGCACGAGUUCAAAACGCCGCCGGUAUUCAUACCACUUCGAAUUCUAACAUCAACAGCAAUGUCGCUCUAAUAUCGAACAAUGCAGCUACUGCGCAAACAAUGGUCUUGCAGCAACAGCCUCAAAAAUUUAUUGCAAAUAAUACGGCCGGUACUAAGACAGCAACAACAGCUCUUAGUUCUGGCGGUGGCAAUAUUAUCAAAAAGUCAACAACGGCUGGCACCCUCAGGAUGAACAACAGCAACAAUACGUCGGCUACAACGAAAUUGAUGAACAAUUUGCAAACGACGCAAGGGGUAAAAACGUUUAUAACACAAACUCCUAGUCUACAACAGCAGCAUCAACAGCAUACACAACAGAAUAUCAAUCAAUUGACGUUGCAGCAUCAUACUACCAAGUGCGGCGGCAAAUCAAAGUUUGCCAAACAGUAUAAUAAUGCUAUUCUCAACAGCGCUGGCGCUGUGGCAAUAGCAACAUUGCCACAUCAACAGUCGAAUAACCAAAAUAGCUUGCAAAUUCAGCCGCAGCAGCAUCAACAGCAUCAACAGUUGCAGCCACAAACAACAUACAUUAAUCAUCAUAAGAGCAGUGGAGUAGGUGGUGGAUCGACGAAAAUUAACAAGAUCAGUUCAAAGUAUGCACAAUCGGUAAAUGUGGCAGCUCAAUUACCGCCUGGUACACAACUGCACCAAAAAAGUAUUAACCAAACCCAGCAGCAGCAAUUUCAAACAACCAGCAGCAACAGUAAUAUUAAAUUUGUGAACGCUCAAGGUACCAUUAUUCAGCAGCAACAACAACAGCAGCAGCAGCAGCCCCAUCAACAACAAUCAAUGACCUCUCAGAAAUUUAAUAACAAACAUCAUCAUCAACAACAACAGCAGCAGCAGCAACAAUAUCAAAAUUUACAAAAUUAUGAUAUCGUUGACGGCAAUCAUCUUUAUAACCAAACAACAGCAUCUCCUGCAACAGCUGGUGCGACAUCUUCAAUUUCGUCAGCAUCUGGAACAACAUCACUAUCGUCAGCAACAGCGUCAGCUUCGUCACUACUAACUGAUGAUAUAAUGAUGGUGAAUGGUACUCAAAUGACAGAUGAACUAUCUGCUCGUAUACUGCAAAGUAUGUCCCAGAAAUCUUUUAGCAAUCAGAGGUAUCAGCAGCAACAACAGCAUGUUUUUCAAACAAAAACUUCAACAACAACACCAUUGUCCUCAUCAUCCUCACCAUCGCUAAGUUCCAAUAAUAACUGUAACAGUAAUAACAACAAUAAUAUGUUGCCACCUCCACCAUCUGCUCCACAAAAUACCCUAAUGCACACAAACAACAGCAACAAUAAUUCAAAUAUUUUAUUAUCCCCACGAGAAUAUACACUGUAUCCAACGACAGCCGCAGCAUCAACUAUUGCCGUAGCGACUCCAAGUCAGCAACAGCAACAACAGCAGUCAUCUCCUAUUCAUUACAAUAACGCGACGAACCCAACGGCAACGGCUUCCUCUAAUAUAACGGCUGGUUCCUUCUCAUCAAAUAACUACAUUACAGUUUCUAAUAAUAAUAGUAAUAAUAUGACCACUAUUACGCCGCACACAUCGGGAACUUCAGCAGCAAAUACUUUGAUGUCUAACAAUACAAAUAGCGGUUUAACCGGUACUGUACGCCAGGCUCAAAGCGCUCCUAACUCACGCUCCCAGUCAAUGGAACGUAAAUUGCACGAAUCUUCAAUGUCGCGCAAAUCAACGGAGUAUUAUAAAGUCAACAAUCAUAAUUCCCUGCGAGGCAGUCAUCACAGCAAUUUAGUAACUGCAGCAGUGGCUCAGAGUAGCGGAAGCAUGGGGGUAAUGGCAUCAGCUGCAGCUUCCGGUUCCGCUUCCAAUCUAAUGGGUGGAGUAGUGUCUACAUCAAUACCGGCGUCGCCAUCACCGUUGCCCAUGCCACGGCCGCCUUCUAUACCACCAUCGGCUUUAAUAAUGGAACCCCAGGCUCAAGUCAUACAUUUGCAAGCUACUAAAACGUUACCGGGUGCUAACAAUUCAUCGAACGAUGAUGAUGACGACAUAAUUGGCGAAGAAAUAAGACCAGCGCCAGUGGAUACUGAUGACAUUCGCUUACGUAUUCUGCAUGCAGUGUUAUUCGAUCACACCUAUGUCAAUCCCAUGCCUUUGGAGUUGCCUACAACAUUUGCUGUGCAAUUGCCACCUGCUCCAAAUUCCAAUGCUUCGGCUUUAGCAACUUCUUCAAGUGUUACAGGUCAUAGCCAGCAGUGGUCUUUGGGUGGUAUAGGAGCCGUAGCUGCAGCCGCAGGAACUUGCGGUUUAGCUCAGCAAAAUUAUGCACUUUAUGGUUCACAAUUAUCCCGCCUUCAACAAGAUGAGGACUCUUAUUCAGCAAUUAGUACUGGUUCCAGACUGGCUGUUGGUGAUAUAGAUCCAGGCGAGGAAACUGAGACUGCUCCUGAAGCGGAGCUUGAAGAUGAUUCAUUUACUCGUUGUAUUUGUGAUCUAACUCACGAUGAUGGCUAUAUGAUAUGUUGUGAUAAAUGUUGUGCUUGGCAACAUGUUGACUGCAUGGGAAUCGAUCGGCAGAAUAUACCCGACGAGUAUUUGUGUGAAUUAUGUCAACCUCGUGCUGUGGAUAAGGCGCGAGCGCGAUCUCUGCAGCUAAUGAAGCGCAAAGAACAACAGCAACAACUUAUGCUGACGGCUCAAGCACAUGCUGCAGCCUCCGCUGGUACCAUGGGAGCAGCUGGUUCUGCAAGUGGUGCUAGUGUAGGUAACGUAGCAAAUCUUUUACCCAAUGAUGUCUUGGCAACCCAACAACGUUUGGCGGGGUCCACUGGAGCUGGCUUUAAUCAUACAGGUAAUAUGGCGGCCGAAAACGCCGCUCUCCAGCUACUAGCAGCUGGUAGUUCAAAUUUAAAGAAAGGAGCUAAAAUGUUGAAAAAGGUCAAGGAUGGAAUUUCUGGCAAAAGGUCAAAGAAAGCCGAAAAGUUGGCCGCUGCGGCUGCUGCUGGUUUGAGCGCCAGUGGUAAACCUGCGCGAAAAGAAGCCAAAAAGAAUACAAAACGCAAAAAGGCUGGUGGAGCACACGAUAGUAGCGGAAGUACAGUUGGCAUGACAGCGGCUGAAAAGCAUGCUGCCAACUUAAGGCAAUGGAUCGAAAACUACGAACUGGCUGUAACCAAUCACUAUUCGCCAGAGUUGAGAGCCCGUCUACAUGCCAUCACCAAGCAACCAUCCCUUUUGCAAAGUAUUUUGAAUACGGAAAAUCCCAUACUGAAAGAGUUCAGCAAUGGCAGCUUAGAAAAUCGUGCCACUACAGUGCCGCAUGCCGGUGGAAAAAUUCUCAUUAGUAAUUUGGAUAUAAUACCCAAUUCGCCUAUUUGUGAACUGAGGGGUAAAUACAUGCUGACCACACAAUACAAAACGCAGAACACGUCAAUGAAUAUGAAUAGUCCGCCCCCGAAUAACUACCACCUGGCUAGCUACAAGGCCCACAAAACACCCGGCCCCUUUAUUUUCUUCUAUCAGUUGCCAGGCACUGAGGUGACGACUUCCCAGCACCUAAUGCCCCAAACGACCACCACAACGACGUUAAAUCCAGACGGAACGUAUACCACCACCACUACAACGUUACCAGCUCAGCAAAGCCCGCCAACUUUCCUUAAAGGUCCCGAAAUAUGUGUUGACACCCGAACAUAUGGCAACGAAGCAAGAUUUGUACGAAGGUCAUGCCGUCCAAAUGCUGAGAUACAACAUCUAUUCGAAAAGGGUACCAUCCAUUUAUUUAUAGUGGCUUUGACAGACAUCCGAGCCAGCACCGAAAUAACUAUUCGUCAUGAACCACACGACUUACUGGCCGUGGAGAAUAAGAAAUCAUCCUCCAUGGUCAUACAGCCCACAAGUACGCCGUGUGCGUGUGGUCUAACGAAAGAUUGUUUAUUUGGACCUCCGUUACCACAAUUGCCGCCGGCGGCAAAAUCAAAUGCGGGACGUAAAUCACUAACGCAUAGUGGCGGAGGAGGACCCGGAAAUGCUGGAAAUCUAACGGCGAAACAGCGUAAAGCAAAUCAGCAGAAUUUGAAUCGUAAUCGAUCGAUCUCAUCCAGUGCCAGCGGUGAUAGCAAUAUGGGCACCACAACAACAGCGACAACAACGACAAACAUAGUUGCCAUGGGUCUAAAUAGUCCCAGUAAUGUGGGCAAGAUUGCAGCGGCAAAUAAGAUGGUCAAUACACUAAUGCCUCUAACAGCUUCUUGCAAUAGUAACUCCUCAUCAUCCACUCUGACGAGUAUAAUGCCUGAUUCUGGUAUAUGCACAUCGUCGUCGUCGCCGUCAGUAUCGAUACCGUCACCAACGCAACAUAUGCAUUCACCAAUACAGCAGCAGCAGCAACAACAGCAAGUCCAACAACAACAACAACAGCAGCAACACCAACAUCAAUUGUUGCAUAACACUCAGAUGAGAUCGCCAGUUCAGUUAUUGCCACAGCAACAGCAAUUGAUGCAAUCUUUGCCUACACCGCUAAUGCUAACGACACCUUCAGACAUGGCGCAUCAUCCACACCAGCAGCAUCAGCACCAACAUCAGCAGCAGCCGUUAAUAUUACAACAACCUGCAAUGAUUACACACCAGCAGCCUUUAAGUGUGAUAGCUCAACCAGCAGCAACAACUGCAACAACAUCAACUCUUAACACUGGUCAGAAUGUGUAUGCUGCAACUGAACAACCACAGCAAUCACAGGCGAUAUUGUGCGUGCCAACUCAACCAGCAGCAGCGCAACAACCACUGCCGCUACCGAUACCGCCGCCUCAAGCACAAACACAACAGCAUCAGAUACAGCAACAAUUAUUGUUACAAGAACAGCAACACCAAGUUCAAUUCACAGCAUCUCAACAUACGCCCACUGUAGUGGCAGGAUCUACUGGUCUAUUGGAAACUGUUUCACCAGAAGCAACCAUAGCAGCUGUUGCUUUACAGUCCCUCAAUGCGUCACAUUCACCAAAUGUAGCAGCAACUCCAUCUCCAGUACUCCAGUGUGCAAGUGUUGAGCCACAGCAAGUCCAACACCAACAAUUUGUAUUAAUGCCAGCAGCUGAAGUAUCAGCGGAACAGCUUCAGCAACACCAGCAACCGCAACAUAUUCAUCAGCAAAACCAAACUCCAGAAAAUUUGACGACAAGUACAUCGGUACCUAGUUCUUUAUCUUCAUCACCGCAGCAACAGCAACAGCAACAACAUCAACUAACAAAAUCUCCACAGAAAAACAAUCAUUCCCAACAAAACAACACACACCCGGGGCGUAAAACUCCCGGCAAACAUGGUCGUACCACUAGUUUUUCCGAAGAUACUGAGCAACAUCAUCAUAAUGAAGACAAUACCUUAGCAUCCACUCCAACCUCUUCCUUAACGCCCAAAGAAAAACCCAAGUUAUCCCGAGAAGAUCGUAAAAUGGAGGCCAUUUUAAGAGCAAUAGAAAAAAUGGAACGUUCUCAACAGCGAAAACAAGAUCAAAGUAAAACAACCAAGCGUCAAAACUCCAGCAGUCACAAUACAACUCCCACAUCACCGAAUAAAUCAUUUGACACGGGAGAAAACUCUGCAGGAUCGAGACGUUCGAACAGCCACACCGGAACGGCGGGAAGGUCAAAAAAGAAACGUAAGGCAGGAGCAAAGGCUGGACAAGGUGGUUCCUACAAUAACCAGCGAAAACGAAGACAAAGUCGAAUGAAUAGUCAAGAAUCUGUUGAUGAGAGUAGUCCGCAUGAUCACGAUGCGAUUACAUCGGAAUCAGAUGGCUGUGCAGCAUUACACUCCCCUCCAAUACAAACAAUGGCAUCAGCGAGACAAUCGAAUUUUUCAACUCCUACGACAUCAAGUGCAGCGGCGAGUGGUAUCGCCACCACUGCAAGAACGCCCAAUGAAUCAAUAACUAAUAAUGUUGACCAGGCAGCUGGACUACUGAUGGCUUUUGCGAAUCCCAAUCCCAUUUCUCCUGCUAUAAAUUCCUCCUCCGUACCAACAGUUGAUGAGCAGCACGUACCGGAAUCACCUCAGCGAUCGUCAUCUCAGUACAUGAUAUCGUCAAAUGAAGCCGCUGCACCCUCACCUCCCACACCUCCCACACCACCAUCGCAUGUUAGCAGUGCCUGUUUAUUGAUAGAAGCUGCGGUCGGACCAUUGGAAUCCAAUUUAGAUGGGAAUAGUGCUGAAGUACAUAAUUCGGAAUUCAAGUAUCCUCUACAGGCAAAAACCAAAAAACAUUUGAUGAACAAUUGGCUGCAUCAAGCGGAAGAAAACACUCACGAAAACAAUGUGACACCUCAGCCUGAACCAGCACCACAAUCAUCACAAACACCAGCGGCUUCUGUAGGGUGCAGUGGUGUUCCGACCAGUGUUCCGAUAGUAUCGGGAGGUUUGGAUUCAUUACUUCAAGCAGCAAUGAGUGAUAUUAAACAAUCACAAACCGAAGCAGAGCAGCCACAAAAUUUAAGUAUUGCCGCACAGAAAGUUGAGGAAUUUAUACAACAAACAGAGGCAUCUGCCGCACCAGCUAAACAUUCCUACGAGUAUGAUCAGCACCAACAUCCGCAUCAGCAAAGAACGUACGUAAAUUUGCCGACACCAGCUGUAGACUUGACGUUAAAAACGCCUUUAACCAUUGGCCCGAAUCCUUCGACUCCACAAGGCGUCACUAGUGUCAAUCGUAAUUUCCAUUUGCCUUUACAAGUCAGCACAUGUAGCAACAAUUCGUCCGUUAAGAAACGUUGGUUACGGCAAGCAAUCAGUGAGGAAACUCACGAGGAGUUUCAAAAUUCAUUCUCGAUGACUCCAUCACCUACUACGGUUGUAGUUAGUAGUUCAUUUGCGCAUACUCAACUACAACCAGCUGCUACAUGCUUCCCAGCUACCACAGUAACGAAUCACGUUCCAAAUGGUUUUACAACGCCUUUAAAAAAGAGGCGCCUGUUACUAACUGGCAAAGAUGAAGUGGACGAAAACCAGUCGCUGAAUUGCGGUGAUUUGAGUGCGAAUGCUGCUCCAUCUCCACCACCUGCGGCAGCACCACAGCAAGCCCACUCAUCCAAUCAAAUGUCAUUUUCACCGUUGAAAGACACUCAAGAAAAAUUUGAAAUCAAAGAAGGGAUGCAAGAUCUUCCCUCUCAGGACAUGCACGAAGACGUUGAUGUAGAUGUGGAAAAAUGUGAGAUGAGUGAAGCUCCAGAGCAACAACCACAAGAGCAAGAGCAUCAUUUGCAACAAGACCAUCAGCAAUAUCCAAAAAUAGAAAUGGAUCAAGAACAAGAUGUUGAUGUGACAACUUCACCGCAGGAGGAUGGCCAGCUUUUGGAAAAUCAAAUCAAAAUAGAAACAGUUAUUAAACAUGAAGAUGCUGAUGUGCAAUCCGAAGUAAAAGAAGAAUCUCCAGUGACAUCUGUUCAACAAACCGAUCAAACAGGCCCUGCUGAGUUCAAUGAUCAAGAAGAUGAUGUUGAUAUUUUAAGAUCUCCUAGCCCUGGCAGAGAAAUGAUUAAAGCUGAGGAUAACUUAGUUAAAAUUGAGCCAGAAGACACCAGCGGAACGGAAGAUGUUAAAAUUGAUGUUGAACGUGAAGAAAGUAUGGCCGCAGAUGAUGUUGUGGUAACCCAACACAAAGAGAGGAAGGAAGAGAUAAUAGUACCAACUCAAGAAUUUAAAGAUGAUGAGAAAAUUAAUAAUCAACCGUCUUCAUCAGAAAAUGUUGAAAUAAAACAAGAGGUUGAAUUAGAAAUUACUAAGGAUGACCAUGUUGCCGAACAAGAACAAACUUCAAACAGAGGUAUUGAAGUUGUUGAAACUGAAAAAGAUAGCCAUGCAAAUUUGGGAGUAAAAACUGAGGAUGAAUCUCAUACGCAAGUUGAAGAGCCUAAGCCUAAGAGACUAAAAUUAGAGAACUUAGAAGCAGACGAACAAAAGCUAAAUUCUGUUAAAGAAGAGGUAACAAAGCCAGAAACACCUAGAGCCGACGAGGUAAAUAUAAAACCAGAGAAAAAAUCAAAAAUUGAGGCACAUUCAAAGGAGUGUGAGAGGCAGGAACUUAUUGUUCCCCAUUCUACCACCAACGAAGUAGAAAAAGUGCCAAAAACAGAAUCUGCUAAAAUAGAAAUGCAGUCAAUGGGUGGUGACACAGCUGAAGUAACGUCAUCGUCUUCAUCUACAUUAUUGGCGGUCCGAACAGUAGCUGCAGAUACAACAUUUGCUGACGUGGACGCUUCUACUCCUCCCCCUCCCCCUACAACAACUAUUGUAGGCGGAACUGCAGCUCCUAUUCAACGUCAUAAAUCUUUGAGCGACGAUGAUAUACAAGCACGUUUACAUAGUUUCCAUAAAGAAAAUAUACUCUUUCUGCAGUCUCGUAAUAAAAAAACAAAAUCAUCUUCCUCUGUAUCGGCAAACACAAAUAGCAAUUCAUCAUCCACUAAUUGCUUAAUCGCCAACAAUGACCAUCACAAAAACAGGACAUCGUCUUCGUCCUCUUCUUCGUCUAAUCAUCAACACCACCACAAUCACCAUCACCAUCACGAGGGCAAAGAAAAAUCAGAUAAAUCCAGUUCAAAACACCACAAAUCAUCAGCCACGCCGAGUGGUUCCUCAAAGAAACAAAAAUUGCACAAACGUGAAAGAACGACCAGUUCUAGCAGUUCAAACAGUCAUAAAAACUCCUCAACACCGCAAAUAUCAUCUUCUUCAUCGUCUUCUUUAUUGAACAAGAACGCUGUAAUAAACUCAACUACUAUUUCCACUGGGCUUUCGAAGAAGUUGAAAUCUCUGAAGAAGUCAUCAUCUGGAUCUUCUACCUCGUCCAAUAAUUCAACGUCCUCAUACUCUUCAUCCACUUUAGCGGUACAAAACUGUUAUCCAUCAAGUUCUUCUACAACUGCUACUACAAGUUCAAAUUCUGACAAGGAAAAGCAUCAAAGACAAAGAACAACCUCGUCCUCGUCGGGUAGCAAUAACAAUGUGGCCAGUAGUAAUUCACAUGCCACGCCCACAACACCAUUUCCGUCAAGCAAAAAGCGUCAACUCAAUUUCGAAUUGGAACUAACGAAAGACAUGCAUUUGCUAAACAGUGGCGUCUCCGGUGGUAGCAAACACAAGAGAGAUGCUUCAAGAUUAGCGGUUGACGAACAAGGUCAUGUAGCGGCUAAAAAGUCGAGAAAAGAACCGACAUCAUCUCAAAAGGAUGAGCUUAAAAAUGGCGCCAACAAGCAACUUGUCAAGAUUGAAAAACAACAUGAGAAGAAGUUUUCAAGUGCAACUGCAACUAGUAGUUUCUCUAAAGCCUGUGUACCACCAAUUUCUCAACUUGUAAUUACAACGGCUACAAUACCGACACCACCUAUAUCCACUCCGUCGCCCGCACACUCAGAGGAUCCUAAACUUAUACCUACAAUUGUGACUCAACCACCACCACAGCCUCCACUUCCACCUACAACUUCAUUCUUAAGAGAACAUCCAACUUUACCACAUUUUAAUAAUGUUGUUAUUGCAACAAGCUGUUCUUCAACAACAAGUCAUCAACAACAACCACAACAACCACCGCUACCAUCAGUACAACCACAACCUCCACCGCCCGUACUACCACAAAACAUUCCAAACCAUGUGAAUAGUCCCAGUUUUAUUACAUCUGUCCAAAGUAAUCAUAAUCAGCAGCAGCAGCCACCUUUACCACCUACACCACCCCCUAGUGGUGCCAUGUCCUCUCCGAUAUCUACUCCAAAUGUUAGUACUACAAAUCAUUUGCCGUUCUACAACACCAUUUACGGCAAGCUCUUGGACAACCCUGCCCCGCCUUCAAAUCUACCUACACCAUUGACACCUUCGAGCACUUUGGUGGCGACUGGAACAACACCACCUCCAAUACCAGCAAGUGCAUCUGUACCAGUUGCAGGUGGUGUUCUUUCAGAGUAUUUAGAUACUAAAUUGAAGAGCUACAACACAUUGGGUGGCUAUGUGUCACAUACAGCCUUGUUUGGGCUAAAUAAUACAACUAACCUAAAAGAUUCAGCUUCUAAUGCAGCUGUGGUGAGCUCAACAACCAUCAUUACUGCGUCCGCACCAGCAGCAUCAUCAUCAACAAAUACACCCCCUAAGGAUUCCUCUACAGAUAUGCCAGCCCCUCUUGCUCCACCUCCAGUUGUAUGCGGCGUUUCGGCGACAUUGACGCCGUCGUGUUCAAGUUCUGGUAAUAGUGCUGCAACAACUACGCCUUUAAAAAUACACACGAAAACUGCAAGCCAUGAUCCGCGUUUGAAUCCUCAAUUAACGGCACCAGAACCACCGCCACAACCAAAGCGAAAGCUUUCUAUUAACGAAUAUCGCAAACGUAUGCAGCAAUCUUCAUCCAAUGACUCAAUUAGUGCCAGUAGCAGUUUAACAUCCACACCAACUACUCCACCUACGCCCUUAGAAACGAUCUUGUCGUCCUCGCUUCUAGCGCCAACGACGUUGCCAUUAACAAACAAAUGUACUUUGAAUUCUCCCGACCGUUUGACACAAUCUGUAGACUCACAAAUUCAAAAGGAAAUAAUGUCCUCUACUACGGCCGUGACAUCGUCAUCAUCAGAUUCUCUAAAUAGCAGCAACAGUUCAACUAGCAGUACUAGUUUAAAUGAUAAUCUUUUGAAAUCUUCCUCCUUCGUUGAAGAGGAUUCUACAAAAGGUCAAUUUAAUGCAGCCCCCACUCUCCUGGAAAAACAACAAGAGAGUCUUUGUGCCCGUUUGAAAUCUUUAAAGGAAAAACAAAGUUUGGGCACUUCAUUUAGCGUUGGCAGUGGUAAUCGUCCACGUUUUUCAUCAUUUAGUGAAAAUGUUGCCAUCAAUGACUUUGGUUUGAGAAAAGAUGACGACGACAUGGACAUUAUACGAAAUCGCAAUCAUAGUAUAUCGAGCAGUAUUGGUGGCGGCGAUUUGCUGGACAAUUGUCUCGAGGAAAUUUCAUCCACAUCCACAUCAAUGUCCUCAUCCCGCGAACCAAGUCCAGAGCGAUGUUAUACUACUCAACAUAAAAUUUUAACGGCAUCGGCGACAACAACAAUGACAAAUACUACCGCAACCAGUCACAGUAACAAUGGACAGACGACUAGACAUCAUCAACAGCAACAACAACAUCAUCAUACGCAUCAUCAUCAUCAACAACAACAACAACAACAACAUAUAAAUUGUGAUAAAAGUGAAAUGGCUAACCUUGAGCGUAAAAAAAGUGUUGACAUAGCUUAAGCUUAAGAUAGAAAAUUCAAAAGGAUAUUUGAGAUUUCUAUUUGCGUACGACGACGGUGGCACAGAUUCUUAAGGAUCAUUCAAAGGAUACAGUGAUUGUUUUUCUAAGAAAGAGAGGAAUUAGUAAGAGGAACAAUAUUAUGUAGUUACUUGCAAUUCCAAAUAAAAAAUCUAAUAGAAUCGAAUAUGAAUCUUAUUGAGAAAGUCUCAAAGGACUUUUUUAAACUUGUAUAGUUACACACACACACAUGCGUACAACGUACACACAUUAAGAUAAAUGUACAUUAUGAAUAAUGUAAAUUAAACAAUAUUUUAUUAUUUGUUUUCCUGUAAAAAGAAAAUUAUAACAAUUACAUACAUACGUAUAAAAGAUAAAUAUUUUUAUGGAUAAAUUUAACGAAAAACAAAAAAAAAAAAAACAUUGUAAUUACACUAUUUUUUUUUUUUAUAGAAUAGUUGUUAAACUAGUUUUAUAAACUUUAUUAUAAUUUUUUUUGCUUGUUCUUUAACAUACAAUUCAUUCAUAAAAUGUACGUAAUUAAAAGAUAACGUGACUUCUCUCUCUUGUGUUGCCAGAAUUGCAAAGCCUACUUUAGGGGAAUUUAAGAUUAAUAUAGAAAUUUCCCUAAAGUAUGCUAACAAAAUGUGUUUUUUGCUUUUUUGAUUAAAAUUCUCACUCAUAUUGUUUACAAAUAAUAUUUUAACAUACUUUUGUGUUUUGAUAAUAUUUAUGAGAGAAAUUUUCCAAAAGAAAAACACAUUUUGACUCUAGAAUGUAUUUGUCACGUUCGCGUCCACAUUCACUUUAAUUUUUUUUUUUUUAAUUUUUAUUUUAAUUUUCAUUCACUAGUUCAUUUUCUUUAUUUUAUUUAAAUUUUCUUUCAUUUUGUAUUUCUUUACUAGAUUUUAUUGGAAAAAAAUGUGUAAAAUUAUUUUUUUUAUGAAAAAAAUCCAUCUAAACUUAAGAAUUUUUAAAUUAAACUCUUUUUUUCUUUGCUUUUUUAAAUUUUUUAUAUUUUAAUUUCAUUUUAAGUUAUUUUAAGUUUUUUUACCAUUCUCUUUUUUUAUCUAAAGCCUAAAGCUUUCAAUUUUCUAAUAUUUUAUAUGUAAUUUUAAUAUUAUAUAAAAUUUACUUAUUAUUUUAUGAAUUAAAAAUACAUACAUACCUUAUAAUAACAACAAUAAAAUAAUAAAAAAAACCAAAAUGAAUUUAUAAUUUAAAUGUGUAUUAUAAAAAGAAAACCAACCAACCAACCAACUCUGUACAUUAUAUACAAAAUACAUUAAUUUUAAUUUUAUAUCUAAUAUAACAAAACAAAAUAAAAGAUUAUAUAUUUUAAACAAUUUGUAAAAAUAAAAUAUGUAUAAAAAACAAUAUUAAAAAAUACGAAAAAUCAUAAAUUUUAACUUAACUAAAGCAAUAAAAUUAAUAAAAAAAAAACUUUAAAAAUAAAAAAUAACGUUUCUUUUUAGUUUUACUCAAUCCUCCCUCAGCCCUCUACUUUUAAACUCAAAACCGCAACUCAAGCUACUUGAAAACAAGACCCCUUACCCUUUUUAUUGUUUUAUUUUUUUUAGUUUUGUACAUAGAUCUAAAAAUGUAUACCUAUACUAUUUAUUUAAAAAAAAACUAUUAUCAUAUAUACAUAAUUAAUCCGAAAUUUUCUAAGAAAAUCAUACAAUUUUAAAAUUACAACGUCCUCAUCUCCACACUUUUGUAAAUAACAAUAAUAAUAAUAUAUUUUAAUAACUUAAAAAUAGUACAAAAAAAAAACUAUUGAAAACAACUAAAAUAUAAUGAGUUUACAAUAUACAUGCAAAAACAUAUAAAACAAAAAACAUCAAAAAUUUUUUUUAAUACUUGCUCUUUAUAUAUUUGGCUCUCAUUUUAAAAACAAAAAAAAAAAAACAAAAAAAAUUAAACAACCAAUAUUAUUAUAAGUUAAAUUUAACUACAGAAACCAAUAUUAUAUACAUACAAACAAACAAACAUAUUUAGAUAAUAAGUGUGUUUUUAUUAUAUUAAUAAGUAAAAAAUUAAAAAAAAAACUAAAAAAACAAAACUUAAACUACUUACUAUAUACACAUCUAUUUUUUAAAUUAUUUUUAUUAUUUCUUUUCUACAACAUCUAUUUUGUUCUCUAUCCCUUAAAGGUUCUAUUAUUAACCUCUAUAAUCCCUUCCUUCCCUACACUUUUCUGUUAAAAGCAUGUAAUAAAACCAAGUUUUAAACAUUUUCAUUCUUAACAAACAAAGAAAAAGAAACAAAAAAACCACAUCCUUAUUAUAUUUAAAAAAUAUACUUUUAAAAGUAAUAAAAACAAAUAGUAAACAUCAAGUUGUAUAAAUUAAUCUAAGUAUAUUCUAUUAUUAUUAAUCAUUAAAAAAGAAAGAAGAAAAAAAAAACAAAAAAAAUAUAUACAUAAUUAGUUGAUAAAAUAAUAAACCAAUAAAAUAACAUGUAUUUGAAUUAUGUUUUUAUUUUUUAAAUUAAGCGCGUGAAGGAAGGAAAGAUAAAAACAUCAAAUUGUUUGAAGAUAAAGAAAAAAAAUAAAAAUAAACAAAAAAAAUAUUAUAAUGAAUGAUGAAAAUAA